GCCGCCCGCCCGCCGCCCGCCCGCCCGCGGGGAGAGCAGCGCCGCGGGCCCCGCGCGCACCGGCCCCGCCGAGCCCGACCCCGGGCGGCCGCGGCUGCUAUGCGGCUUCGCGGCGCACGGCCUGCACCGGGUUUGCGCCGACGCCUGCCGGACACUGACCCAGCUGAGGAUUAGGGACACCCACUGUGAGCAGGGAACCUUGAGGCUGCCACCCUCAGAAAGUGCCAGGUCUGCGAGGGAAAGGGUGAUGUGCCGUGCUCCAGCUGCUGCCUGCUGAGCCUGAGGAGGAGUUCUGGAGCCUGCCUGGGACACUCCCCCUGACAACAGCAGCACCCCAAUCCCACCGGGCAGCACCAAGCCUGCGACACACCGUAGCCCUUAAGCCAAGGAGACAUCGGACCAAGCCUGAGAGGGUCAAGGGCCACGUCCUUCUUUCCUAACCCGGUGUCAAUUCCUGCCCUGACACCCCGACGGCACUGCCCUCACCCCCCGGCAGCCCCCUCCAGGGCUGCCUCCCCCCGGCACUGCCCAGCUUUGGCCCCCAGCCCCGCUGGAGCGCGGCAGCCUGCCGGGCGCUGCCCCCCGGGCACUGCCCCCCGGGUGCAUCGCCCCCCGCCCCCCCGGGGACCCCCCGCCUGCCGGCAGAGCCAUGAAGCUGCAGGCGGUGAUGGAGAACCUGCAGCGGCAGCAGCGCGCGCGGCUGCAGCAGGCGCUGGAAGCGCGGCAGCAGGAGCAGCAGCAGCAGCAGCCGCGCUGCACGUCCCCGCUGGCGCAGCCCUCGCAGCCCCCAGGGCAGCCCCCUGCCAGCAGCCGGGGCCGUGGGCAGGAUGCAGCCCCGGCGCCCUCGGAGGAGGGAGCGGAGCCCGAGAGCGCGCACAUCCAGCGGGCACAGAUGGCCGCCCUGGCUGCCAUGCGGGCGGCCGCCGCCGGCCUCAGCCACUCGCCCAGCCCGGGGCUGUCUGAUGAGAGCCAGGCCUCCGAGGAGGAGGAAGAGGAGGAGCGCGGAGAGGAGGAGGAAGAUGGCGGCGGGUACCAGCAAGAGAUGGGCUCUGAGGAGGAGGAGGACCUAAAGGGCAAAUGGGACGAAGAUGACUUUGAAGAGGACCUGGGUGAAGAGGAAGAGGAAGAAGAAGAGGAGGAAGAAGAGGAAGACUACGAGGAAGAAGAAGACAUGGGAGAGGAAGGGCUCAGCUCAGCAGAGGCGGUGCGGGCGGGUGCGGGAUCCCUGCUGCUCCGCAAGCCUCCAGCACCCCAGCACUACCGGGGGGAGCCCCCACGGCUGCCAGGGGGGCAGGAGCGGCUGCCCCCCGGCCUGGGCCACGCUCAGCCCCCACCACCAGCACCCGACCACGGCGACUGGACCUACGAGGAGCAGUUCAAGCAGCUGUAUGAGCUGGAUGGUGACCCCAGGAGGAAGGAGUUCCUGGAUGACCUCUUCAGCUUCAUGCAGAAGCGAGGGACCCCCGUGAACCGGAUCCCCAUCAUGGCCAAGCAGGUGCUGGACCUGUACAUGCUGUACACGCUGGUGACCGAGAAGGGGGGUCUGGUGGAGGUCAUCAACAAGAAGCUGUGGCGGGAGAUCACCAAGGGGCUGAGCCUGCCCACCUCCAUCACCAGCGCGGCCUUCACCCUGCGCACCCAGUACAUGAAGUACCUGUACCCCUACGAGUGUGAGAAGCGUGGGCUGAGCAACCCCAACGAGCUGCAGGCGGCCAUCGACAGCAACCGGCGGGAGGGCCGGCGGCAGGGCUUCGGGGGCUCCCUCUUUGCCUACUCACCUGGUGGCACCCACAGCCUCCUCUCCUCACCCAAGCUGCCAGUGCCGGCACUGGGGCUGGCGUCUGCCACCAACGGCGGGGCCAUCACGCCAGGCCAGAAGAUCAAGAAAGAGGAGGACUCUCCCAUCCCCAUCUCCAUGCCCAGCCGGCUCCCGGUGUCACUGGCCGGGCACCCCGUGGUGGCAGCGCAGGCGGCCGCGGUGCAGGUGGCAGCAGCCGCCCAGGCCGCGGCGCUGGAGCAGCUGCGGGAGAAGCUGGAGUCGGGGGAGCCCCCGGAGAAGAAGCUGGCGCUGGUGACGGACGAGCAGCAGCGUCUGAUGCAGCGGGCACUGCAGCAGAACCUCCUGGCCAUGACGGCCCAGCUGCCCAUGAGCAUCCGCAUCAACAGCCAGGGCACACGCUCGCCAGGUCAGUGCCGGUCCCGGCCUCCCGCCCCCGCCCAGCUCCCGGCCCCGGCGGGCUCCGUAACGCGGCUCUCCCCGGCAGAGAACCGCCCGGACGCCGCUGCCGCCAGCAGCAACGGCACCAACAGCAUCAGCAUGUCCGUGGAGAUCAACGGCAUCGUCUACACAGGUGUGCUGUUCGCCCAGACGCCCGGCCCUUCCUCCUCCUCUUCCUCCUCCUCCUCCUCUGCCUACAGCAAAGGCAACGGCGGCAGCAGCCGGAGCAGCGGCAGCAGCGGGGUGGGGAGCGGCGGGGGGAACGUGCCCCCCACCCCGGCCGGCCUGGCCGUGCCCCCCAGCUCUACCUCCAACAGCGCUUCGCCUUAACGCCCCCGAGCCUCCGGGCACCGGUGCCCAUGGGGGGACGGGGUCGCACCGGGGCUCUCAGGGGUCUUCUGGGGUCUCUCUCUGGGGUCUCGCUCGAGGUCUUGCCAGGGUCUCUCUGGGGUCUCAACAGGAUUUCACUGGGAUCUCACCAGGGUUUCAUUGAGAUCUCGCCUGGGUCUUACUGGGAUCUCACCAAGGGUCUUGCCCGAGGUCUUGCCAGGGUCUCUCGGGGUCUUACCUGAGGUCUUGGCAGGGUCUCUCGGGGUCUUACCUGAAGUCUUGCCAGGGUCUCUCUGGGGUCUCGCCUGAGGUUUUGCCAGGAUCCUUCUGGGGUCUCAACAGGAUUUCACUGGGAUCUCAACAGGUUUUCAUUGGGAUCUCACCAGGGUUUCACUGAGAUCUCACCUGGGUCUCACCGGGAUCUCACCAGGGUUUCAUUGAGAUCUCGCCUGGGUCUCACUGAGAUCUCACCAAGGGUGUCCCCCGAGGUCUUGCCAGGGUUUUUCCGGGGUCGCCUCAGGCUCUUGAUGGACUCUGCCCUUGUUCUUGUGUUGUUGGAUUUUCCUUCUCCAGGCAGAAAAGCUUUAGCCCGGGGGGUUUUGCCGGAGCCGCCGGCUGUCCGGCUGCGCCGCUCCGGGACCGUUUACCUCACUCACAUCACACUUUGCACUGUACAUUUAUUAUUAUUAUUAUUAUUAUAAUUAUUGUUAUUUUUUAACUCGUGUUACCUCCAGACAGACGCACGGACGCCUGCCGACACGAGCUCUAGCGAAACCCCCCGGAAUUCUAAAGGAAAAAAAAAAAAAAAACAAACCAAAAAUCCUAAAAAAAAAAAAUUGGAAAUAUAGGGAGAUAUUUUAUUCAUUUCCAUCCUUUUCCCUCCUUUGUUUUGGGAACUCCACUCUCUGCAGGAUUUUAAGAGGUUGUUUUCGAUUGUUUUGUUGUAAAUAGCUUCUAUUUUAUUCUCUAAAAAAAAGAAAAAAAAAAGAAUCAAUCUUUUAACAUGCAAAUGAUAUAUAUUAGUCUUCAUCAGGGAAAAUGGGAGCUUGGAAAAACGUUGGAAUCUCCUUUCUCCUCUCCUUAUCGGUGGUUGGGUCCAGCUCUGCUCCUUCCCCCACCGCCAAAUCCUAAUUUUUAUUCCUCCCCCUGCAUAAAACUACUGUUUAAAGCCACUUUGGGCUUAUUUCCUCCAAAACCAAGCAGGAUCCAGAGGAUGGGGAUGCUCGGAGCUGCAGGACGCUCCGGAGCUCACGGACAACCCGAAGGACCUGAGCAUUUAUUUUAAACCUCACCAUCUCAGUUUUCUUUUCAAUAUUUCCCUCCUCUCCCCCCCCCAAAAAAAAAAGAAAAAUAUUCACCCACGUCUGCGUGAGACACAAUCCAGGCCGAUACCGAAACCCCCUCA